AUGCCAAAAAUUGCUAAACGCGAAGAGGCCGACGCCGCCACCGACACCGCCGCCGCCGCUGCUGCCAAAACCUGUUGCCUUUUGGUGCUAGCCCUCGCCUUGGUCGCUUGCAAUGCACAACGUCAGUACAAUCCUUACCUGAACAAUCCCCAGUAUAGGGAGUUGUACUACAAGAACCGCAAUUUAUAUAAUCAGCGACGCUACUACGACCACUUCUAUAAGAAAUACAAUCCGUAUAUUGCCAGCGCUCUGGCACGCACCAUUGAGGAGUCGAAUGAUCCCAACACUGGCGCUGGCUCCUAUGUCUACAGCUAUGAAACCGAGAACGGAAUUCACGGAGAAGAGCGAGCCACGCCCGUCUACAUUGGCAAUGGCCUGCAGGAGGAGCAAGUGGAGGGCGCCUACUCCUACAUAUCGCCCGAAGGUCUGCGCGUCGGAGUCAAAUAUGUGGCGGAUGCCAACGGCUUUCACCCAAUUAUUACCUAUGAUGGUCCAAAUGCUGCUCUUUAUGCCAACCAACAGCCGCCGGCUGGCGUUGUCUACACAAGGCACUAA